AUGUGGCACAUGCCGGACAGCCUGCCUCUUCAGGACGACUGCCAGCUGGACGCCUUGGUACCUCAAGAUCCCAACCUAUCAUCAACCUUCAGAGGAAUCAAGCCUGCUCAAUCCCAUCAGCAGCAGCAGGGAGAAAUCGAAGGAGGUGCCUUGCGGGGCUAUGUGCCAUAUUCUGCAGCCUUUGCGGGUGGGCAAGGCAGGGAGGCGUUGGGCCUUCGAUCACGCCGCCGCCAGUUGAGGGGUCGGCAUGGGCCGACUUCCAGAGAUCACCGACCAGGUUCUUCUCUCCCUGGGUCAUCCCUGGACGAUGCAUCAAGAGCAAUCAUUACAACCCAUAAGAACCUUCAGGAGGAGCUGUCGGAUCAGAUGCUGACGCUGGCAGGGCAGAUGAAGGCCAACUCGCUCGCCAUGGAGGAGAAAGUCAAAAGCUCCAAUAAGGUGACACGCUGCUGCCAUCUCAUGGAGUAG